GGAAGUGGCCGCCAUGGAGCCGCUUGUGCAGUAUACAGAGCGCUUCUCAGAGCUGCUGGCCGUGUCGUGCGGGACGCUGGUGAGCACGUGGGACGCCGCGACCGUGCGCAGGGCACUGCAGUGGGCGCGCUAUUUGUUCCACGUGUACCGACGCUUUGCGAGCCGCGGCCGCGUGCGGGAGGCGCUAGAGAGGCGGCUCCACGUGCGGAGAGGGCCUCUCGGCCUGCGUAGCUUUGCGGCGCUGGAGUCUGGGGACGUGCGGCUCGCCCUACGCCUGCUGCGUAACCGCGCGCUCGCGCCCGCCGCCGCCCGCGCGUUGCCAGGCUUGCUCUUCCCAGGCCCUGCCGCAGACAACGUAGACGACGUGCCGCAGUCCCGCUUGGUCCUCCUGGCACGCCGCGGAAGCGCGCUGCACCUGCUGUUCCGCCUCGGCGGGGACGCGCCUAAGGGCGCGCUGCUGCGCACGCACGCGGAGCUGCUGUACGCGCGCCUUCAGGAGCUGGGCGGUGCGGACUCUACGGCCGCGCGCAAACUCCUGGAUACGCUGUGGGAGCACGGGCCGCGGGAGCACGUGCUCAGCGUGAUGGCGGAAGCUCUGUUGCGCGAGGCGGACCCGGAGCCAGCCCAGGCCGCAGACUCUGCGGGAGCGGAUGAAACACAAAAACUACUGCACUGGCUUCUAGAAAGUACCGAGGUACUGGCCGCUUUUUGCCGCCAUCUGCCAGCUAAGCGCCUGGCCUCUGUGGCGGGCUGCCACCACGCACUGUCUCGUGCCUACCUGGACCUGCUCACAGCGUGGGCCACGCGGCUGCAUUAUGAUCUGCAGAAGGGCGCCUGGGUUCCCACACAGCUGGAGGACAUGCCCUGGGAAGAGCUGUGUCUAAGGCUGCAGAGCUUGUGCCAGGCCCAGCCAUUUCUGCAGGAAGAGGUGCUGGUGACCCUGCGUUCCUGCAAAGCCUUGGAUGGCGAUUUUGAGGUUCCUGGCAUGAGCAUCUGGACAGACCUCCUGCUGGCCCUGCCUGGUGGUGCUUGAGUGUCAUGCUAGAGGAGGUUCUCAGGUCCCAGGCUGGGCAUCUGGACAGACCCUAUCCCAUGGAGGGAACAAGCAUACUUCUCACAAAGCCUCUAUGCACAGCACCCUGCUACUACUUGACAGUUUAGAAACUGACAGUGUUUUCGCCUACUCCCUAUAUAUACAUGUUCCCAAAACCUAAUUGCUUUGGUGCCAAUUUUAAAUGGUUCGUAAUACAAAUAUAUACAUUUAUAUAUACAUGUAUAUGUACACUAUAUAUAUAAAACAUAUAUAUAUUAUAUGUAAUAUAUAUAUAGUUAUUUCCGUCCUUGUGGUGGUUCCAGGACUCUGCCUAUUUUAGACAGAGCUCACCACUGAGCUAUAUUCCCUAGCCUUGUAAGUAUUAUUAAAGCCAUUGAAUUUUCAGCUUGUUUUAUAUAAAGCCAAUUUGUAAGAAUACUAAAAGUAGACACACGCACUUUAAAAAGAGAAGACUGCUUCAAAUUUUCCAAGAAGGACACUUUUUAUCUGUAUGAUUUACUCGUUUCCUGACACUGUUCAGUAGUACAAAGUUUUGUUUAACCAGCAGCAUGUGUUAGCAUCAAAUGCUAACUUCAGAGCAGACUAGGCUGAAGUUAAAACACUAGGCUUGGUUUCCUUAACCUGUUUGCCAACCUUAAUGCCCAUUAAAGUUACAUUGUUCAGAAAGUUUUGUUUGUACAGUUCACUACUGUGAAAGUCAAAAUAACAGUAAAUUAGUUUAAAGCAUGUCUUGAGUACACACUUAAGUGUUUAGAGCACAAUAAAUACAAAUAUAUCCCGUUGGGUGUCUGGGUUGGAUGAUAAGAGUUAAGAGAAUAGAGGCCACUACUGCCAUUUAUCAAGGUAAUAGCCCUAACCUGAUGUCAUUACUAUGGUGUUUAAACUUCUGAUUCUGUUUUUCCUCCUGAUUGCUGGAUGGAGAUGAUUCGGAGUGUUUGUUUUCUGACUAACAACCCAACUUUGCUGGGCAGUGGUGGUACAGGCCUUUAAUCCCAGCAUUAGGGAGGCAGAGGCAGGCAGAUCUAGUUCAAGACUAGCCUAGUCUACAGAACAAGUUCCAGGACAGCCAGAGCUACACAAAGAGAAAAGCUGUCUGGGAAAAAACAGACAAAGCAACUGAGUCUGGUUGAGGGUUUAAACUUAAUGAUAAAUAGUUUUGAUAGUAAAUAACUGGCUAAGUAAAUUUCCAGGGAUCAACACACUUUCUCCACAGUAAAUGCCAGUAACUCAGAAAAUUAAUUCCUAAUUCUAGAAAUGGAAAUAAAGCAAAAGGAUAUAUGAUGCAGAAUUCUAAUUCUGCUUUAGGGCACAGGUAUAAACAAACAGUACAAUUAUCUGAAGAGAGCAAUAUCAUUUUUUUUUCUUCCUGUGAUCAGAUUCCUCUCUCUAGCACUUUUUCAUCUGCGGUGUUCUGACUUGGAUUCCUUAGUGCUGUUAUACACAGGAGUGACAACUGAGCCAUGCUGCCAUUCUGUUUUGUUGUUUGAGGGUCUCGCUCUAGCCCAGGUUGCUCUGGAACUCACUGUCUGCCCAUGCUAGCCUCAGACUUAGUGGAUCCUCCUUCCUCGGAUUCCUAAAUGGUGAGAUUACAGGUGUUAGGUGGCACAUACAGCCGUGGUUUUGUUUCGGUGGUUUUGAAGUUUUAAUCCUGAUGCCUCUCACUCACUCUCUGCUGUUUGACUUCUGUUUGCUAGAAGAGAAACCAAAGUUUCAUACAAUAAAGAACAUCUGAAUUUUCUUACAGUUUUAUCAGUCCCAUUUCA